GUGUUGAAAUCCUCCAAGCAGAGCCGAAAAGCAAAUUUCGAGUCGAGGACCUUUCGAGAGAAAGGAAAGGACAUUUAUUAUCGUCAAUUUUACAAUAGGAUUUUCUAUCAGACACUUGUACAGUUUUAACCAUGUCUACUCCAGCACGAAGGCGACUCAUGAGGGAUUUUAAAAGGCUUCAAGAGGAUCCUCCGGCUGGUGUUAGCGGUGCUCCCUCAGAAAACAAUAUCAUGGUGUGGAAUGCAGUGAUAUUUGGGCCAGAAGGAACGCCGUUUGAAGAUGGUACAUUCAAAUUGACUGUAGAAUUCACAGAAGAAUACCCAAAUAAACCACCCACAGUCAGAUUCGUCUCAAAAAUGUUUCACCCUAACGUAUAUGCAGAUGGAAGCAUAUGUCUUGACAUCCUACAAAAUCGUUGGAGUCCAACGUACGAUGUGUCGUCCAUUCUUACCUCAAUCCAGUCUUUGCUUGAUGAACCAAACCCUAACAGUCCCGCUAACAGCCAAGCAGCUCAGCUUUACCAGGAGAACAAGCGGGAGUAUGAGAAGCGUGUGUCGGCUAUCGUCGAGCAGAGCUGGAGGGACAGCUGACCACACACCGCAGAGCACAGAACUUUGUGUGAUUCAUAGUUUAGUUGAGUGAAUUGUGAGGGUUUUUCCUUUUCUCUUUUCCCCCUCUCUGUUUCUCAUACCGUUCUGAUGCACUUUAAUCAAAUCCGUCCUUUUUCGCUUGGAGUUGUUUUCGGCCAAUAUCACCAUUUUCCGUUCCAAAAAGUGGCGCACAUCGUGUCAGCCCAGAAACCUGGACUAUAUGAUUAUAUAUCCAAGGGACAUUUUUUUUGUUGUUGUUGUUCAAGCAGAACUGAAUGGACAAGGUGCCAGCCUGCCGACCUUGAGCUCUCCAUGCUCCGGUUGGAACUGAUGAUCCUGUUCUGCUGUUUUUGUGUGUUCUGUUACAUGCCUGAAAGUGUGUGGGUUUUUUCUAUUCCAUGUGUCAUUGAUUGCCUCGUGUAAAAUAUUAUUAUAAUACACUUUGAAUUUCGUGUA